AUGUCUGCAACCACUGUUCAGACUCGGACUGAACCUGCUACGACUACUUUAAAGCUUCACUCCUCUGCAGAAGGAAAGCAAGAGACAGAGUACCGUUACUCUCACCUCCUGCCUUUCUUUUCGCAAGAUCACUACCCUCCGCUGACCCCAUUCGAGCAUAUUGACCCAGGACACCGUGCUUUGAACCACUCUAACCCUCGUUCUUUCCUUGAUAGCGCUACUCAAAUAACAGAGCUAACUCCAAACUUGGGCACAGAAGUUUUUGGAGUCGAUCUGCGAGCGCUAGACUCAGAUGGGCGAGAUCAACUUGCACUAGAGGUCGCUCGUCGAGGUCUUCUCGUAUUCAGAGAUCAACAAGAGUUCAUAGAUGCCGGUCCAGAUUUCUACCGAGAAUGGGGGUCCCAUUUUGGCCGGUUGCAUAUUCAUCCGACUUCUGGGCAUCCUCAGAAUUAUCCUGAAAUUCAUCUUGUUUACAGAGAUGCCAAUUCUAGUUUCAACUUUGAAAUUGAUGAUAGCAUAACCUCUACUGUUUGGCAUUCUGAUGUAUCAUAUGAGCUCCAGCCCCCCGGGUUAACGACUUUCUUCCUGCUUUCGCAACCUUCUACUGGCGGUGAUACAUUAUUUACCUCCCAAGUCUCUACGUUGAAAAAGCUUUCUCCUCAAUUCGUCGCUUUUCUCAAAACCCUGAAAGCAGUCCAUUCUGGAGUCGAGCAAGCCAAUUUCUCGCGAUCGGGCAAGCGAGGGGGUAUUGUUCGUCGAGAGCCUGUCGAAAAUGUCCAUCCCCUUAUCAGAAAGCAUCCUGUUACUGGUGAAGAGGCUUUGUAUGUCAAUAGGCAGUUCACGCGUCGGAUCCUCGGUUUGAAACGAGAGGAGUCAGAGACUCUUCUCAAAUUCCUAUAUGAUCACAUUGACAAGGGCGGUGAUGUUCAGGCCAGAGUACACUGGACUCCGAACACAGUUGUCCUCUGGGAUAACCGAGUCACUGCUCACUCUGCAAUCGUUGACUAUGGUGACUCCAAGCAGCGCCGCCACGGUGCUAGAAUCACCCCGCAAGCAGAACGACCAAUUCCUGCAUUGGAAGAUCUUGAUCUCAGCUUCUGA